AUGAACAAAUUAUGGAUAUUUAUUAGAAUAUAUAUAUUGUUUUUUAUUUUAUUUAACUGCGCAAUUGGUAAAUAUGACCUGAACUUAAAUUAUUAUUUUCAAAAUAAUAUAUACAAAAAUAAUAGAAAAAAUAAUUAUUUAUAUUAUUUAUAUAAUGUAAAGAAAAGAUACUCUGUAAAAAAUAAUACUAGUGAUUUUAAUAAAAAAUGUUUUAUAGGAAAUAGUAUAUUAAAAAAAAUAUACAUACUAAAUAGUGUGAAUAAGAAAACAUGUAAAAUAUUUUAUUUCAAUAAUAAAUGUGGAAAUAGCAAUUUUUACCGUAAUAAUUAUAUUAAAUAUGAACAAGAAAAAAAAUCUGUAGAAAGCAACAAUGAAACAGUCCCGUCAAACAAAGAUGAAUCAAUAAAAGAAAAUUACGUAAUAAAUGAAGCGUUAAGUUAUAAUAAGGAACAUAUUUAUUUAGACAAUAAAAAAUUAAAUGAAAACGAUAUAAGCGAAAAAAGUGAAAAAAAUGGACAAAAUGUAAAUGAUGAUGAAAGAAGUAGUAAGAAUGAAAAUUCUGAUAAGAAUAAUACAAUGAUAAGCGACAGUGAUCAAAAUAAUGACACACGUUUCGACGAAAUGAUGAAAAAGGCUGAAAAUUACAUAAAAGGAAAAGAAGAUGAUAUAAUUCAAAAAAGAGAAAUAAGGAAAAAAAAAAAGAUUAUGAAAAAUAUGAAGGAAGAGGAAGAUGUCUUUUCAGAUAAAUUCUUAGAUUUGAGUAUGUAUGAUAUAUUAAAAUAUGUAUAUCAGGAAAACGUUUUUAUUAGUUCUAAAAAUUUAGUGAAUGUUAUAUUUAAGUGGAUGAAAAAUACUUAUCUAAGUUUUUUAAAAACUAAUGAAGAAAAAAAAAAAAAAAAAAAAAUGGAAAAGGAAGAAGAUAUAAGAGAAAGAGAUGUUUCUAAUGAUUACGAUAAAGAUAGAAAAGAAAAGUAUUUAAAUAAUUUUUUUUUUGAAAAGUCUCAUGAAAAUAAUGAAAAUCAUGAAAAAGAGAAUAAUGAAAUAGAAGUAUUAAAAUUAUAUAAUAAAAAGAAUUUAAGCAAAUAUUUUUUCUCAUUUAACAAAGGAAAUAUAUUGAAGCAGUUGGUUACUGAAGGAGAAGAUGAGUUAUUAGAAGAUGAAAAAAAAAAAAAAAAAAUAUGUGAUGAAAAUGAUAAAAAAUAUGAUAAAGAAAUAAAACAAGUUUUGUCUCAUUAUAUAUUUAAUUCUGAUGAAAAUUAUUAUAUUGAUAAAAAUAGGUAUAUGAGAUCAAAUGUAACUAUAGAAUUCAAUAUUUAUGAUACUUAUAGUGAUACAGUAAUAUUAAACAAUAAAAAAACAAAUUCUACUAUGUUGGAAUUUCCUCUGUUAUACAGCCAUCAUAUAAUACAAAAAUGCAUUCUAACUAUGAAAAAAUUAGAAAAAUCUAUUUUUUAUAUUAAGAACAAUUUAUUAUUUAAAAAUGCUUUAUCAGCAGCGGAACCAGGAAAUGCUGAAGAGAAGAAUAUUUAUGAUGUUAUAACAAAUGAAAAUUGGAUAAAAAUGGAAAUAUAUUUAUGUAAUAUAUACGGUAUUGAUGAAAAUUGGAUUGGUAUAACACCUGAAAUGUUUUCAAAUGAAGAAAAAUCACAAGAUUUUUUAAAAAAGUAUUCUUUUGGUUCCUCUAAUAAUAUAAUAGACUUAAGUAAUAAAAAUAUAAAUAUGCCGAGCGAAGAAAAACCAAAUACAAAGGAUCAUACUGAAAAAAAAAACAAUAAAAAUAUAAUUGAAAAAGAGUUAAGUAAUAAAAAAAAAGUAGAAAAAGAAACAAAAAAUAAACCUUUAAAUAUAAAUGAAAAUAGCAAAACAGAAAUUCUUGAUAUUAAAAGUGAAAAUGAUAAAUCAGAACAUUUUGAUAUAAAUGAGGAAAAUAAUGAAAAAAAUAAUAAAAGAAGGGAGGAAAUAAUUAGAAGAACUGAAGAAUAUGAGAAAAAAAAAGAACUAGAAAUAAAAACUGAUUUUUUAUUAAAGAAAUUAGAAAAUGAAAUGAAAUAUGAUCCAAAUCAUUACAUGUGGAAAGAUUUAUAUCCUCAAUUAGAUGAGCAUCAUAAAAAGAAAACAGAUAAAUAUUUUGAUGAUCUGAAGAAAGAAAUGAGUGAAAAUAAAUAUAGUAGAGGAUAUACGGAAAAUAUUAAAAAAAAACAAAGUUUAAAAGGAUAUGAUAUAGGAGAAACAAUAGAAGGAAGAGCCAAAUAUUAUAUGUGGAAAGAAAAUAUACACAGUUUUUCUUUAUAUUUUCCAUUACGCCCAUAUGUUAAGAAAAAUGAUAUUGUUGUUGAUAUUGAUAAUAAUUUUCUUUUUCUUACUAUUCUUAACCACACAAUUAUCAAAGAUUUUUUUAAUAAUCCAAUUAAUUCAUCUGAUUCUAUAUGGUCAUUAAGUGAUAAUGCAAAUAAGGAAAAUGCUCACAAAAAAAAUAACAAAGAAUUUCCAAUUUAUGAGAUUGGCAAUUCAGAAGAUCAUGAAAUUCAAAAAAUUCAAAAAACUAAAUAUUGCUUAAUAUAUAAUAUUUAUAAGGACAAUAAUCACAAAUAUAUGUGGGGUUCUAUAUUUAAAAAAUCAUAA